AUGGCUGAAGAACAGUUUCAAGCUAGUGGAAAUUGGUGGGAGACACCAGCUAGAAACAUGAGAUUUGAAAGUGUUGAACAACAACAACAGCAACAACAACAACAAUCUUCUUCCUUUGGUGGUUGGCAGCAGCAGCAACAACAUCAUGAUACUAUGUCUGCUUCCGGUAGUUCUUCGGUUGUUUUUCAUGAUACUACUCAAAAGCUUCAUCCUUCUGAUUCUUCUACUUCAAAUAAUGACAACAAUACCUUGCAUAUGAUGAAUUUGGGUCUUUCGUCUCAAACCAUUGAUUGGAAUCAAACAUCUUUAUUAAGAAGUGACAAGGCUUCAGAAGGAAGUUUCAGGUCUAUGCUACAAGAGAAUUUGAACUCAUCAAGCACAAAUUUCGAUCAAGAAACCGGAUUGAGUCAUCAUCAAGUUAAUUGGAGACAAGAAUCUUCUAAUAACAAUGAAUUCAAGCAAGUGAAUAGAGGUUUCUCUUUGGAUCAAACACAGUUUAGUCCUCAAUAUAGUUCAGGAGAUAGUAACAUGAUAAGCCAAAUGGAUUCUUCAUCUUUAUAUGGUAACUCUUCAAUGUUACAAGGACUUUUAGGAACUGAAACCAAUCAAAUUCAACCUCAACACGGUUCCAUGAAUUUUCCUUACUCAUCAACAAGCUAUGCUUUGAGUUCAAAUGAUUUAGUUCCUUCUUGGUCUAAAAUACCUCAACAAAAACAACAACAACAACAACAACCAAAUAACCAGUUGCAUUUCACCAAUAAUGCUCCUUUCUGGAAUGCUUCAGAGUCUACUAUUAAUAAGGAUUCUUCAUCUAGCUUCUUGCCUCCAUUUACCACACCAAAUUUCGAUGCUCAAACAAAGAAUAUAUCUGAAGGUAGGGACCCAAGUGGUGCGGUGAAGAAAAGUGGGAGUGAGCCUGCACCAAAAAGGUCCAGAAAUGAAACCCCAUCACCUUUGCCAGCUUUUAAGGUAAGAAAAGAGAAAAUGGGGGACAGAAUCACUGCACUUCAACAAUUGGUUUCACCUUUUGGAAAAACUGAUACAGCCUCAGUGCUCUCUGAAGCAAUUGAAUAUAUCAAGUUUCUCCAUGAACAAGUGACUAUUUUAAGCACACCGUAUAUGAAAAGUGGUGCUCCAAUCCAACAUCAACAGGGUUCUGGUAAAUCUAAGGAAGUAGAGGGUCCAAAGCAGGAUCUUAGGAGCAGAGGGUUGUGCUUAGUACCAGUUUCUAGUACAUUUCCAAUGACUCAUGAACCAACAGUUGAAUAUUGGACACCAACAUUUGGAGGAACUUUCAGAUAA